AUGGAGCAUACUCUCUAUCUUAUGACUCUCCAUCUUGCUUCUAUUAAUUACUACGCAGAUACAUUCAAUUUUACUUAACAAGAUGACGAGGAGAACUUAGAUGAAAAACCACCACUAUAAGAUUUUAUAUUAGUUAUUAUUUGCUUUGGAGUUGGAAUUAUUGGAAUUAUUCUUGUUAUAGUUGCUUUCAGAUAUACAUAAUGUGGACGUAGAGUUUGCUUUAACUAAAGAAAUGAAAAUAAUAUUAAUCGGGAUAUUCGUGAGUAAGGACUAGGAGAUGGAAUCAUAGUUGUAAGAAGAGGUUCCAAUAUCUAGGUAUAAAAUCUUGAUAAUAGAUUAAAUGAAAUUCUUAAAUUAGCCCCUUAGUAUACUUACAGUUAGGUCAAGUAAAAAGAUUAAUUACAAUAAACUUGUUGUGUUAUCUGUCUAGGUGAAUAUAUGAAUGAAAAUAAAGUAAUUGUAAAAUCAACCUAUGAAUUGAGAUCCAUAAAAUAUAGAAGUAUUAUGCCCUUCUUGCAAACAAGAUUUGCAAAAGGCUAAAUCACAUAGAAAAAGAAGCGAAAAUAAUGA